AGCCAUUUAAAAGAGAAGCCCUAGGUUGACUCGCAGACCUCGACUGCAUCUCCUAGCCUCUUCUCCAACAGCCAAAAUGAUUGCCAGACCACUCUGUCUGUCUCUGGUCGCCCUUGUCUUGCUGACAUGGACCCCCAUAGUUGGAUGCGAACCUGCAAAUGUUGCUGCCGUGAAUAACCCGACUUCUGCUGGUGGCAGAGAACACCCGCCAAGCGAUUUGUCUGAUGUGGCAAACAAUGGCAUCCGUGAACGCAGAGGCCUGCCUCAGGAAGACAUUAGUGACGACAGUGAAGAAGAAGAAGAUGAUGAAGCAGUGAGAGACGAACACGACGUGCUGGCUGGCUUUCCUCUAGAUGAUCUGGACGACGACGGACUGCAGGCGCUCCUGGACAUUGACGACGAAAUCUUCUAUGACCAAGCAGGUGAACACGUGACCAAGAAAAUGCUGCUCGAGGACAGAAAGGUCAACCGCGGUAGCUCCCUGGGAGCCCCUGGGGCGCUGUCUCGACGUAAGCGCAUAGCCCCACUCGUUGCACGUGCAGCACUGAUAGGAGCGCGCGCCCUCUUCCGGAGCUUCGCUCGCAGCGGCGUCACGAGGAGCGGCGCACGUGUGACACGUCACUACAACGGGCGGGGCAACUACGGCGACGCUGUCCGUCACUUCCAGAAUCUUCGUCCCAACAACGUGCGGUCCUUCCAGUCCGGCAGGAUCAGCGGUCAGACUGGUACGAUCGGAAACCACAGAGUUACCGUCCGUAACGGAAGUUCCAGUGGAAGACCAACACUGGAGGUGCGCAGUCAUAACGGCCAGGUGGUGAGAAAGUUCCGGUUCAACUGAGUAGGUCAAGGCUGACUAGCGCGUGCAGUAAAGCUGUUACAGAACACUGUUGUACUGCUCACAUCGUGUGACUGCUACAGUUAUCUUGAUUGUUGUUGUUUUCUCUCCUGUUUGACGACAAAUAACCUGUAUCUGAGGUAAAGGUUUUACACCACAAGUGGACCACAGCGGCAAGUCCAGACAAAGUACAAAAGUUUUAUUGUGAGUGAAUUCAAACAGCUGUACUUUACACAAUAAACACCUUUAUGUACUCA